GCCGGGCUAACAUUAGAAAGACUCCGCUUAGCUAACUCAAAAUAUCGAUCCAAAAAGUACAAUAAAACAAGACGACGUUUAAACGAGUGGCAGUGGACAGGGGUUUCUAAACUGUGCCACCGAUAUUUCACCCUGGCUCAGCGUUCUGGAGGAUUUACAGCUCGUUUGUUCACUUUAGUUGACUUUAAGUGGGAAAGCUAACAAGCUAACCAGCUAACAAGCUAACCUAGACACAGCUGGUCGGUUAGCUAAAGCUGUCAUGUCGGAGCAGAGAGAAAAUGAAGAGCAGGAGGUGAAAGAAGAUGAAGAAGAGGAGGAAGACACGGACAUAAAUGUUGAACUAGGAGGAGAUACUGUAGAGCAGCCGCCAGAGGACGACAGAGAACCGGGGUGGAGAGGAGAGGAGGAGCAGGCGGACGGAACGACCUCAGAUGUGCUGGAGACUGUGGAGGAAGCUGAAACUCAGGUGGAUCUGCGCCAUGGUGCCGAGCAGCUCAGAGAGCCUCAGAGGACAGAACAUGUUGGAAACUCCACGGCAACAGUGAAGGUGGUGCUGGUGCCGGAGGGUCAUGUGAUGACGGUGGCUUUCGCCAUCGGCCUCAGCAUCGCUCAGCUGAAGCUCCACCUCGCCAACGAGCUGCGGGUUCCUGCUGACGUGCUGCACAUCUCUCUGGACGGCAGAGCGGUGGAGGAGCAGCAGAGCCUGAUGGAGCUCGGCGUUCGGCCUAACGGCUCCACCCGGAUGGAGAUGAGCUCCACCGACCCGUCCUUCCACCCGCUGCGCCCCGUCCGCCCCCCCGAGCAGGACAACAUGCCGGACGUCAUCACCGUCAGAGUGCAAACAGAGGAGGACAUGUUCCGGGAGGUGGUGGUGGAGAUCCGGCGCCCUCCCCAGCAGAAGGCCUUCCUGGGCGGAUUCAAACACCGGCUGACGGGGGCGCAGUACCACCACGCCGCCGUGCAGACCCUCCCCAAGAGGAGACCCGACAGAGGGUUGGUGCUCCUCAGCCGCAACACACAGACCGUGGAGCUGAAGUCCGAGGCGCAACAGUGUCCCGUCGACGCCUCCACCCAGAUGACGGGGAUCGGCUGCUACGUCUCCUGUGUGGACGACAGGCUGGUCGCCCCUGGCAACUACAUCACAGCUGACCAGUACCACGAAGAGAGGCUGAGAGCUGUGACGGUCCUGCAGACGUUCGCCCGGCGCUGGCUGGCCCAGCAGGAGGUGGACCGCGUGAGGAAAGACCGGGACCGGAGGCUGGCCUGGCUGGAGCUGCAGGAGAGGAAGAGGAAGGAGGAGAAGGAGGAGCAGCUGAAGGACCGGAGGCAGCGCUGGAUCAACCCGCAGAGGAGGGAGGACUUCAACCUGCUCUACCACGCGCUGGAGAAGUGGAGGUGUGAGGAGGAGCAGCAGAUUAACUCGUCCCUCAGAGGAGCGGAGAGGAAGGCGGCGCUCUGCUCACUGCUGGAGAACGAGACGCAGCUCAUUGCCGCCAUCGGACACCAUCGCAUCGCCGCGCAGAACAACAACUACGACAAAGUGGUCAGGACCCUCCUGGACAAGUCGGCGGCUCCUCAUCAGUGGAGAGCAGCGGACGGCCGUCUGCUCGAGAAGGUCAGUGAACACAUCAUCAGAGCCAGAGAGCUGCGAGACCUUUACCACACCCUCAACCUGAACUCUGAGAGCCGGGAGCAGAGAAUGGAGCACCUGCUGACACUCAAACACACCGUCAAGGAGCACGAGUGCCAGCUGACCCGGGACAUCGUGGAUUUGAUUGACAGGGAGGUGGACCUCAUGAGUCGGCAGGUUAAAGUAGCGAGUCUGCAGGGGCUGAGGAAGAGGAUCUCCACCCUGUUCCUGCAGUUCAUCAAAACUCCAGCGUUUAACCCCGAGGUGGCCAAACACCUGAAGGUUCCCCAGGACCCGUCUCAGCUGAAGAACGACAUGUUCCAGUGCCGUGGUUGCCAGCGCUACCUCCAGUCCUCCGACUUCAGCCCGACGGCCGGAGCCCGUCUGAGCGGACGCUGCCGGGACUGCACCGGCCUCGACAACAUUGCCCGAUCCCGCAACGACUUCUCCUGCUACCGGAACAUCCUGAGGAGGCUGAGGAGCGACGAGCUGCGGCUCAACCAGGAGGCCAAGAUCCCCUUCCUGCUGCAGGUGGAGGACGUGCGGUACCUGGUGGAGGUGGUGUGGGCGUCCCGCUCCUCCCUCCACGGCAGCGGCGACCUCUACAACCUGGUGUUUGUGCGCUGGGAGCGACGGAGGGCCUGGAGCCCCUGGAACUGCAUCCUGCUGUCCAAAGAGGAGACGUCCGCUCACCUGGAGGUGGAGGACGUCCACAAGGCGUACGAGACGACGUUCCUCCGCAGGAUCGAGCGCAACCACAUGCUGGCGCGCCGUCACUUCAGCAGCAUCCCCGUCAUGGCGGAGCACCUGGAGGCUGAGCCGGCCGCCGACGCACUCGGCAGCCAGCUCGUCUCCAAGCCUGUCACCAUGGCGACUGGCAAGCCCACCAUCAACACCCCACUGGGCUCUGCUCGUUAAGAAACUCCCCACUGCGUCCCUCUCUCGCUCUCAUCUUC